AUGCUUGUAACCCAGAGCCGGUGUCCGAAUUCGUUGCCCAUCGUUCAGACCAACAUCAACCAAGUCUGUUUUCAACCUCAGCGGAAGGUCCUCCUUCAAGUGCUCCCAGUUCGAAUUAACACGGUUGACACUUUUGCUGUCCAUGAUCCUGGAAGUGACUCAACCCUGAUUAGGAAAGACUUAGCUAAACGCUUACAACUUGUUGGCGAGACAUAUCGCCUUAACAUUAAUACAGUUGGCAAUGAAGCUACUACUCAGAACUUAGACAGGGCAAGCUUUAGUCUUCCCUCUAAAGAACAGCCAGACCCGGUUAUGUUGCAUGGAGCUUGGGUCAUCAAAAAACUCAACAUUCCAUCUUUCAAGUUGUCGAAGAAAAGGACCGUCGAGCAGUGGAAUCACUUAUCUGACGUAGAUCUUCCUGAACUCCAAGGUGGUGACGUGAUGAUUCUCAUUGGAGCUGACAUGGCUCACUUAUUGAUUCACCUUGAAGUCCGCCAGGGGCGACGGGAUGAGCCCAUCGCGGUAAAGACCCCUCUUGGAUGGACGCUGUUUGGAAAUGUGAAUCAAGGACACUGUGAAACGAUUAGUGCAAACUUUCUCGCAUCAGAUAGAGGGACUACAUUGCAGCAUCAAAUCGAACGAUUUUGGGAGAUCGACUCUUACGCAGCCAAGCGAGUUCUCUCUGAGUCUACCUUGUCAAUUGAAGACAAACAAGCUCUGGCCAUCCUCGAAAGCAACACAGUCAAGGAGGAAGGCCACUACAAAACAGCACUACUAUGGAAAUGUGAACCAGUCUUGCCUAACAAUUAUGCUAUGGCAGUUUCAAGACUUCAUUCCACUGAGAAGAAACUCAAGAAAAACACGGAGCUAGCAGAGAAAUAUCAGAACGUCAUCAACGAUUAUGUCACUAAAGGACACGCCCAAAGGAUGACACAAGAAGAGGCCAAAGUGAUAACCCCAAAAACAUGGUACUUACCACACCAUGUAGUUGUUAAUCCAAACAAGCCUGGAAAGGUCCGUGUGGUCUUUGACGCCGCAUCAAAAUUUGAUGGUGUUUCCUUGAAUAACAAGCUUCUGACUGGCCCCAACCUGUUGAACAGCUUGGUAGGGGUCUUUAUGAGAUUUCGAACUGGAAGGAUCGGCGUGAUGGCGGACAUUGAACAGAUGUUUCAUUAA